AUUUUGAGAGAACUGGUGGCAGUGGCUGCUGUUUCAAAGACCAAAGUAGUGUGUGUAGUGUAGUUUCCAGAGUCCCCAUCCCCUUCCCAUUCCCACCCUGUCUUUGUCUUUUACCUUUUUAUUUUUCGCUUUCCCCCAAGAAAUAAUAAGAAAUAUAUGCACUUAAUUUCAGUAAUCAGUAGACCCAGAUAUCCCCAUUUCUCGCCGUAGCUUUCCGCCAGCACUUCACCAGAAACUCAACUCAACUCCUGCUUCAAUACACUGCGCCUCGCCGCCUGCUCAAGUACAAACUGACUGCCAUUGCCCUUCCCCCCAAGCAUUCACCUCAAAAAAGAACAGGGGGGAAAGGAACCCACAGCUUGUUAGCUUCAAGCAACGCUUUCAUGGAUCUCUGGUUUUCCUACUUAAGCCUCAUUCUCACCCUCCAAAUCUCUCUGCUCCUCUUCUCCAGAGCUGCAUUUGGAGCUAAAUUCACAUUCGUAAACAAAUGCGAUCACACGGUAUGGCCCGGUAUUCUAGCCAACGCCGGCAGUCCUACACUCGACAGCACUGGGUUCGAGCUCCCUCAAGAUUCCUCUCGGACAUUUCUCGCUCCCGCCGGCUGGUCAGGUCGGUUCUGGGGCCGAACCGGAUGCAAAUUCUCCGACGAAUCUGGAACUUGCCAGACAGGAGACUGCGGGUCGGGUCAAGCAGAAUGCAAUGGGUCUGGGGCAGCUCCACCGGCCACGCUUGCAGAGUUCACGCUUGGGACUGGAGGUUUAGACUUUUAUGACGUCAGCCUCGUCGAUGGAUACAAUCUGCCCAUGAUAGUCGAAGCAACGGGCGGUACAGGCAUGUGCGCUUCGACCGGUUGCGUGACGGAUCUCAACCGGGCCUGCCCGUCGGAGCUUCGGGUUAGGGGUGGGGCAGCUUGCCAGAGCGCGUGUGAGGCGUUUGGGAGCCCGGAGUAUUGUUGCAGCGGCGCGUUUAACUCACCCGCGUCGUGUCGGCCGUCUGUUUACUCUCAGAUGUUUAAGUCGGCUUGUCCGAGAUCCUAUAGCUACGCUUAUGAUGAUCCCACAAGCACCUUCACUUGCUCCGGCGCGGAUUAUACGGUGACGUUUUGCCCCUCAAUGCCAAGUCAGAAAUCUUCAAAAGAUCCAACCCCAACAACAACAACAACAGCAACAACAGGGGAAACUAAUGCUGAGACAUCUCUAUCGGGGACGACGACGGCAACAGGGUCAACUAAUGCUCAGACGUCUCUACCAGGGACAGACACAACGCCCAUGGCCGGGUCUGAUUCAGGACCCGCGCUAGGGGUAACAGGGUCGGACCCCGAACCAGAUUUUGGGUCGGGAUCUCAAGCUAUGUUGGCAGAUGGAUCAUGGAUGGCUGAUAUGGCUAUGGGGGGUUCAGCUAGAGUUUACUGCCCGUCAGCUCUCCGGGCUGCAGGCUUCAUUGCUUCAACACUUCUCAUUUUAUCCAUUUUUUCUUAGUAAUUUUAAGUAACCACGUACUCGCCCAAGAUCCCGAAGAAGCUGUAGGAGCCAUGCUCAUCUGUUCGGCCCUCCAAAGUACCCGUUUGCCACUCUUUUAAGAGCUUGUCAACUGUGUCGCCUGCCGGAAGAUUAUUGAAGUCACCAUCUGUAAGGCACAUUUGGUAGCAGCCACCUUGGCGGAGGGCCGUCCACAGGAUUAUCCCAUUCACAGCAGGAUGUGAGAAGCCUUCUCUCAGAACUUGUUCUAAGUAAAUAGCCUGUGAACAAAGCAAACAACCAUGUUCUGAUGAUACUAAUUAUACUGACAAA